AUAAAUACAAUUGGACAACACGUGAAUGACCAUUUCAUGGUCAGAAUCACCAACCCAGUAGUCAUUGUCUACAACCAGCCAAAUUAAAAAAUAAAUUUGAAUAAUCAAACUGAUAAAUGAGACAUCAGCUUCUCUCGUUUUGUUUUGUAUGGCUUUUACAAUUUCCUCACGUAUUUUCUCAGAACCAGAAUGGUCAUAUUCUAUACAAUGAAAACUUGCCCACCAAGAAUCUGAAUGUCCAUUUUUCUUAUAUAAUGAAGCUUUAGCACGCACUUCCUGCUACUUACUGGCCUCCUCCUCCUCCUCCUUUCUGUUUCUGUGUGCAGAACUCUAAUUGUAUGUUUUGAUCUUGGGGGAGAACCCAGAAAGCUGAGACAGUGUAGUAUGCUCUGCUUUGGAAGUCUCUAUCUGCAUGCAAUUACUCAAAACAGAGUCCGCCAGAUUGACUUCGGUUUCUGUGCAUCUUAAUUUGCAGCUACUUUGCCAUUCCAGGUUCCUUUUUUCAAAUCUUAAGGUCUUGUGGGAAAUUUGCUAAAGCUCAUAAAGUCAUUAGCUACUAUAAAGGAAGUUAGAAAUGAAGAUUGGUGAGAUGGAAGCAUAGAAACGGCGGGGGGGAAAGGAAAAUAAGAAGAAAAGUUGAAUUUUGAUCUGUUUCACGCAAAUUUUGUUGACAUGUCUUCUGUUUCUUGGAUCACAUCUCUUUCAUGUUCAAGCUCAAUCAUUCAAUCCUCAAGCAAUACGGGCAUUUCAGCUAUAUUCCAAUGGCUAAGAUUCAUUUUCCUCUCUCCAUGCCCUCAGAGAGCUCUGUUAUCUUCUGUUGAUAUUCUGUUCUUGCUCACCAUCCUCCUUUUCUCAGUUCAAAAGCUUUAUUCCACAUUCACCACCAGAGGCCACCCCUCCUCUGCCAUUAGCAAGCCCAGCAUCAGAAAUAGUAGAUCUUUUCUUAGAACUUCUCUUUGGUUCAAGCUCCCACUGACUGUAACUGUUCUAUUGGCAAUAUCUUACACAGUUUUAUGCAUUUUGGUCUUUGGGAGAAACACCCAGUUGCCAUGGAAGCUAGUUGAUGGAUUGUUUUGGUUAAUUCAAGCAAUAAACCAUGUAAUAAUCGCAGUCCUACUUGCUCACCAGAAGAGAUUUGAAGCUUUUACUCAUCCCCGAUCGCUUCGAAUUUACUGGAUUGCUCAUUUUGUCAUCAUUUCCUUGUUUACCGCUUCUGGGAUCAUUCGUUGGACCUCUGGAGCAGAAAAUAAGGAUCCCAACUUGAGACUGGAUGAUUGGUUUUCCUUUAUUUCUUUUCCUUUGUCAAUUGUGCUUCUUUCUGCUGCUGUUAAAGGAUCAACUGGGAUUACAGUGAUCACAGAAGCUGAACCAGAAAUGGAUGCAGAAACUGAAUUAUACCAACCCCUUUUGAACAAAUCUAAUGUGAGCGGUUUUGCAUCGGCUUCAGUAAUAUCAAAAGCCUUCUGGCUAUGGAUGAAUCCCCUAUUGAGAAAAGGCUACAAAUCCCCACUUAAAGUUGAUCAAGUGCCAUCCCUCUCCCCAGAACAUAGAGCAGAAAGAAUGUCCCAACUCUUUGAAAUGAAUUGGCCUAAGCCCCAAGAAAGAUCAAAACACCCCGUCGUAACUACGUUGAUUCGAUGCUUCUGGAAAGAAAUUGCCUUCACUGCCUUCCUUGCAAUUGUGCGUCUUUGUGUCAUGUACGUUGGGCCUAUUCUCAUUCAAGAAUUUGUUGACUUUACCUCUGGAAAGCGAAGCUCCCCUUAUGAAGGCUACUACCUUGUUUUGAUUCUCCUUGUGGCAAAAAGUGUAGAAGUUUUAGCAUCUCACCAAUUCAACUUCAAUUCCCAGAAACUCGGAAUGCUUAUUCGGUCCACCCUUAUAACUUCAUUAUACAAGAAAGGCCUGAGACUGUCCUGCUCUGCAAGGCAGGAUCAUGGAGUUGGACAGAUUGUCAAUUACAUGGCCGUAGAUGCUCAGCAGCUCUCCGAUAUGAUGCUGCAGCUACAUGCCAUAUGGCUCACACCAUUGCAAGUUGGUGUUGCAUUAGUCCUACUUUAUGCUUACCUUGGUACCUCAGUGAUCACGGCUGUGGUUGGACUUUUUGCUGUUUUUGUUUUCGUUAUUAUGGGCACUCGAAGGAAUAACCGAUACCAACACAACUUAAUGAACAAUCGUGAUUCGAGAAUGAAGGCGACAAAUGAGAUGCUUAAUAACAUGCGAGUGAUCAAGUUUCAGGCUUGGGAAGAACACUUCAGCAAGAGAAUUCAGACUUUCCGUGGAUCAGAGUUCAGUUGGCUGUCCAAGUUUCUGUACUCCAUCUCUGGAAAUAUCAUCGUGCUGUGGAGCACACCGUUGCUUAUAUCGACUCUAACAUUUGGUACUGCUAUCUUGCUGGGGGUUCCGCUUACUGCAGGGACCGUUUUCACAACAACAACGCUCUUUAAAAUUUUGCAGGAGCCGAUCAGGGCUUUCCCUCAAUCUUUGAUCUCAAUGUCACAAGCAAUGAUCUCUCUGAGGAGGCUGGAUCAUUUUAUGACGAGUAAAGAAUUGGUGGAGGAGUCGGUGGAAAGAGUGGUUGGUUGUGGUGGUAGGAUUGCUGUUGAGGUGGAAGAUGGAGUUUUUAGCUGGGAUGAUGAAGGAGGGGAUGUGGUUUUAAAAAAUUUAAAUUUUGAGAUCAAGAAAGGGGAACUUGCAGCCAUUGUUGGGACUGUUGGAUCAGGGAAGUCUUCCUUCUUGGCUUCAAUUUUUGGUGAAAUGCACAAAAUAUCUGGAAAGGUCAGGGUUUGUGGCACCACUGCCUAUGUAGCGCAAACAUCAUGGAUUCAGAAUGGGACUAUUCAAGAGAACAUCUUGUUUGGCUUGCCAAUGAACAGAGCAAGGUAUAGGCAAGUUAUCAGAGCAUGUUGUUUGGAGAAAGACUUGGAAAUGAUGGAGUUUGGAGAUCAGACUGAAAUUGGGGAGCGUGGCAUUAACCUCAGUGGCGGCCAGAAGCAACGGAUACAACUUGCCAGAGCUGUCUACCAGGAUUGUGAUAUUUACUUUCUUGAUGAUGUGUUUAGCGCUGUUGAUGCUCAUACAGGCACAGAAAUAUUCAAGGAAUGUGUGAGAGGGCUUCUCAAAGAUAAGACCAUUUUACUUGUAACCCACCAAGUUGAUUUCUUGCAUAAUGUUGAUCUUAUUUUUGUCAUGCGAGAUGGGAUGGUUGUGCAAUCAGGAAAGUACAAUGUUUUACUGGAAUCUGGUACAGAUUUCAAAGCAUUAGUUUCAGCCCAUGAAACCUCCAUGGAACUUGUGGAAAUGGGUACUGCAAUGCCCAGUGCAAAUUCUCCCAAAACGCCAAAAUCACCGCAAGUCUCCUCAGACUGUGGGGAAGCCAAUGGUGAAAACAAGUCCCUAGAGCGUUCCAGGUCUGAUAAUGGGACCUCUAAGCUCAUCAAAGAGGAGGAAAGAGAAACUGGCAAAGUCAGCUUGCAUGUGUACAAGCUAUAUUGCACUGAGGCUUUUGGUUGGUGGGGUGUAGUGGCAGUGCUGCUAAUUUCUCUUUUGUGGCAAGGGUCUCUAAUGGCUAGCGAUUAUUGGCUGGCAUAUGAAACCUCAGAAACCCGUGCUAUGUCAUUUGAUCCUUCUUUGUUCAUUUGGGUUUAUGCAAUUUUUGCAGCAGCCUCAAUUGUGCUGAUACUGAUAAGAUCCUUCUACGUUACAAUCUUGGGACUUAAGACAGCUCAAAUUUUCUUUGUGCAAAUGCUUCACAGCAUCCUGCAUGCCCCCAUGUCAUUCUUUGAUUCCACACCUUCGGGAAGAAUUUUAAGUAGGGCAUCAACUGAUCAGACCAACAUUGAUAUCUUCGUACCUUUCUUUAUAGCCCUCACCGUUGCCAUGUACAUAACAGUGCUCAGCAUCAUCAUUAUCACAUGCCAAUAUGCCUGGCCAACAGUAUUCCUAUUGAUUCCACUUGGUUGGAUGAACUUCUGGUACCGGGGAUACUAUCUUGCAUCAUCUCGUGAACUGACUCGCCUUGACUCAAUCACAAAAGCACCUGUUAUCCAUCACUUCUCAGAAAGCAUCUCGGGGGUAAUGACAAUCCGCUGUUUCAGAAAGCAAGGAAUGUUUUGUCAGGAAAAUGUUGACAGGGUGAAUGCAAAUGUGCGCAUGGAUUUCCACAAUAAUGGAUCAAAUGAGUGGUUGGGCUUCCGCUUGGAACUGAUUGGGAGCUUCAUCCUUUGCAUUUCCACAUUGUUCAUGAUCUUGUUACCAAGCAGUGUCGUAAGGCCAGAGAAUGUUGGUUUAUCUCUCUCCUACGGGCUCUCACUCAAUGGAGUCCUAUUUUGGGCCAUAUACAUGAGUUGCUUUGUGGAAAAUAGAAUGGUUUCUGUAGAGAGGAUGAAACAGUUUUCAAACAUUCCACCUGAAGCAGCAUGGGAGAUCAAAGACCGUCUUCCUCCUUCAAAUUGGCCCGCCCAUGGCAAUGUCGAGCUCAAGGACUUGCAGGUUAGGUAUCGUCCACACACUCCUCUAGUUCUCAAAGGCAUUACUCUCAACAUUCAAGGGGGAGAGAAGAUUGGUGUUGUUGGUCGAACAGGGAGUGGGAAGUCAACUUUAGUUCAAGUUUUCUUCAGAUUGGUGGAACCUUCAGGAGGGAAAGUAAUCAUUGAUGGCAUUGACAUAUCCAUCCUAGGGCUUCAUGAUUUGAGGUCUCGCUUUGGGAUCAUUCCUCAAGAGCCUGUACUUUUUGAAGGAACUGUGAGAAGCAACAUCGACCCAAUUGGACUUUAUUCAGAUGACGAGAUAUGGAAGAGCCUUGAACGAUGCCAGCUUAAAGAUGUCGUCGCUUCGAAACCGGAUAAACUUGAUUCAUUAGUGGUUGAUAAUGGUGACAAUUGGAGCGUUGGUCAGAGGCAGCUUCUGUGUCUGGGGCGGGUUAUGUUAAAGCACAGCAAGCUUUUGUUUAUGGAUGAGGCAACUGCAUCUGUUGAUUCACAAACUGAUGCUGUGAUUCAAAAAGUCAUCCGAGAGGACUUCGCAGCCCGUACCAUUAUUAGCAUUGCUCACAGAAUACCCACAGUCAUGGACUCUGAUAGGGUUUUAGUUAUAGAUGCAGGUGUGUGCCUCUCUCUCUCUCUCUCUUUCGCUCUCUCUCUCUCUUUCAUUAUCCUUCACAUUACAGAUUAUCAUGUGGGUUGCAAAUUUGUUCACAACUUGGAAAUUAAUGCAGUAGACCUGCAUAUGCUUAUUAGUGAUUGUGAACUCAAUAUUAGUUCUUACACUGGAGAUCAAGCAUUGUAUGAAUAUCUGAGAAUAUACCUUAUGAGGGAGUACAAUUAUUCAUCUCCUAAAAGGAAAAAGUAGAUUUGGAAAAUAGUUAUAUAAGCUCAAAACACAAGAAUUGUAAUGGUAGGAUGCUGAUGGUACUGUUCUUUGUUUCUGGCUGACUUCCCUCUCUUUAACAGGAAAGGCAAGAGAAUUCGACAAACCAUCGCACUUGCUCGAGAGGCCAUCACUUUUUGCAGCACUGGUUCAGGAGUAUGCGAAUCGCUCGUCUGGACUAUGAGCAACUCAAAACUAUUUUUAGCCAAGUCUUGUUUCCUGUAAUCUUACUGCUGCUAAAUGCUAAUAUAGGAGAGCCUUCCCAAAUAUCAGAAACCUCCACAGAUGAAUUAAUGGCAGAAUGCCAUUACCCAGUGACAGAAACUACCAUUGCCCCUGAUUCUUUAGAACAGUUGAAAACAUUGUUAAUGCUACUGUAUUAAUAUCAUUCUACUUUCUUCA